CUUGAAAAACCCCUCUCCAUCGCCUCUUCUCCCCUCCACGGGCCGCUCAAAAUCCCUCUCCUCUCGCAUUCACAGAUCUUUCAAUCCUCCCGAAACCCUAACCCUAACCCCAACGAGCAAUCGAAGACGAGAAAUGGCCCAGAGAGAGGAGCUCCAGGUCCCGAAGACUCUCACCCUCUGCAUCAACAACUGCGGCUUCUACGGCAACCCCGCCACCAACAACAUGUGCCAAGCCUGCUUCCAGGCAGCCGGAUUCGCCUCCCCCUUGCUGCCCUCCCGCUCCAGCCACGAGAAAGCCAGCUCCGCCCCGGCUCAGUCGCUGGAUCCGGCAGCGGAAGCAGGGAGGGGAGGUGCGGAGGGGCCGGCGGCCAAGGCUGAUGCUGCCGCCGCGGUGGUGUCGCCGGCGAGGCGGGUGAGCCGGUGCGCGGGUUGCCGGAAGAGGGUGGGGCUUACGGGGUUCCGGUGCCGGUGCGGAAGCAGGGAGGGAAGCCAACGACCCCCUCCAAACAACCCUGUCGGAAGGGUCACUCCUCCCUCAACCCAUUCCAGAGAUCGGAAAGCAUCUAUUUAA